AUGUCUAUUGAAGAGGAAAAUGGCGGUUCAGAGUCGGAGUCAGAUGCACAGGAGUUGAACAGAGCAAAACGCAGAUUGCGCACAGAGAAAGCACGCGCUGCAGCACUUUUGGCACGACAGGUGAAGAGAGCAGAAGCUGAAAAGGCUAAGCUGACAACCAGUGAUCAUCCAGCUGCACGUUUCAAGCCAGAUUUGCAACCUAACCCGGAGAUCAACAAACCUGGAAACUUUAGCAAUACGAUUCACAGACGCAGGAUCAGGGUCCCUCAUAAGGAAGCAUCCACUUUGCACUUGAUGCUCCCACGUGUCUUGGAGCUGCUGUCGCGCAAAGAGCAAACCACUAAUGAGCAGGCGAAAGCAAUUGAGCUUUUGAUGGACUCUGUUGGCAUUCAUGCAAGAAGAGAGGAGGAGGAUGACGAGAAUGAUGGCCUGGGCCAGCUCGGUGAAAGUGAUUGGGUCAAUUUCCUUGAAGAUAUUCAGGAGUCAAAAGACUUAUCAUUCGCAGAAAUAAAUGCGAAGAGGAAGCAGCUGACGUUCAAGGCCUUUUCGGACCCGACAAUGCCAACCAAGAUUACCAUACUGGAAUCGGUAAUUCAGCCUAAUGUUGCCCAGAUGGACACUUUGUUCAAGCGGAGUGGAAUGAUCUCCUCCUUGUAUCACCUUCCGAAGAACGCAGCACAGGAGCGAUCAGAUCUGAUGCAGAGGCAGGCAAACGAACAACAGUCAUCAGAGGUGUUCCUCACAUGUGUUUCUGGGCAAAUGGGAGAAGAGAUGGUUGCAGCCUAUGUCAAAUUGCUGGUGGAAUUUCCCGUUUUGGGAGAACCCCAAUUUGCAGAGUCCUACUUCGAAUUAGUGCUCCAAUCUGCUGGAGAUGCUUGGAGACGUUUCUCCCUUGAACAAGAUCGAUUUCCCAACAAAAUGUUCAAGUUGGCCAACCUGGAUCACCAGUCCUUUCUGGAGAAGUACCGGGCAUACCAAUAUAUUGAACGGUGUUGCUGUGAAUGUGUUGACCUGGAGUUCUCCUCAAUCCUUUUGGCAUACAUUACUGAGCAGGAUGAUGACCUCCAAGUUCAAGAGAAGGUAACUCAAAUCCAAGCUUUCUUGCGCAGCCUUUGCAUAUACGCACCCGUUUCAGCAGAUGUCGUCGAAUGCCUACAUGGCGCUUGUCAAUCUCGCCUAGCCAGAUUCAGAGGACCUCGUCAAUCUGAUGAUAUUGCAAAAGAGAUUACUGUCCUCGACAAGCUGUGCAGCUCGUAUGGUAAGUUCCAGGAGUGGAUGUGGAACCGGCUUGGAGAUCGCAGAGCUUUGAACCGAUUGCGGGCCUAUGGGAACCAUAGAGGGAAUCAGCAUAGUCAGCAAGGCAGGUCAAUUCCCCAGACAUUUGGGCUGAAUUUUGAUGAUUUGGACAAACUUCUGUCAUCUGGCAAGAGUCCUGCUGCUCCUCGAAAGUUGUGCGGUUGGAACAUUUUUCAGCGAGAAACAAUGGCCCACUCACAGCUACAACCUGACGAAUGGAAGGCCGCACUGAAAAAUGCAGCCGAGAUUGGAAGAGAAUGCCAGACAAAGAGAAGGAUGCCUACCAUGCCAUUGCAGCAGAGGAGGAAGGUGUCAGACAAGAGGCCAUGCUGCAACCAUACCAAGCAAAAUCACAUUCUGCAAACAAUGUUGUUCCUUUGGGCAAGGCAAGCUUUGAUGCAGCAGCCAAUCUUGGUCGGAAUGCUUUGA